AUGGCUGAUAAUCAGGACGUAUUUAAACUCUGGCUGUGUCUUCUUGCAGUGGCCGCUGCCGAUGAGGGCAUCAGCCCGCGGGCAGUGUGGCAGUUCCGCAACAUGAUCAAGUGCACGAUCCCCAGCAGUAACCCCUUGCAGGAGUACAACAACUACGGCUGCUACUGUGGCCUGGGUGGAUCCGGCACCCCUGUGGAUGAACUGGACAAGUGUUGCCAGACGCACGACCACUGCUACUCAGAAGCCAAGAAACUGGACAGCUGUAAAUUCCUCCUGGACAACGCCUACACCAAAACCUACUCAUACUCAUGCUCUGGCUCUGAGAUCACCUGCAGUGACAAAAACAAAGAGUGCCAGGCCUUCAUCUGCAACUGCGACCGCAGUGCUGCCAUCUGCUUUUCAAAGGCCCCAUAUAACAAAAAGCACAAGAACCUGGACACCAAGAAGUACUGUUAGUGAUUGAGCAUCCCCCCGGGAAAGCAUCAUCCCUAUGUACCGCAUAGCCUUCACCUUACCCUGUCUCCUCCAAUAAAGCUCUUUGUUGAAAGGCCUCAGGUUUGGAGACUGUUUCAUUCUCUGUGUCUCUAAGUCUCUUCUUAGUUCUUUGUGAGCAUCAUUCCUUCUAGCCUUGGAAGUUGAAUUAGAGGGCUAUUUCUAGGGAGUGAACACCAUAAGACCUGAAUGAUUAACAACUGAUUAUUUACUCUGUGCCAGAUUGAAAUGCAUAAUAUAUCUUCUGAGGUAAAAACCUACCUCUUUUUCAUUAUCCCCAGGGCUGGGGGAGAGAGAAAACUAAUCCCUUUAACAAUUUUU